CUCGCUCCUCCCAUUCUUUCCCCCCCCCCCUUCUCCCAAUUCUUUUUCCUUCGACCGUUCCGCCUACUUCAAAUACUUCCCUCAUUCAUUCUUCAGCUUCAUUUUUACCACUUUCCUCCCUUUUUUCCCUCCUCAAUUCAAUUAUCCCGUGGCCAUCCGUCACUGUUGUGUCCCUUUUGGCUCUUGACCUCUCAUUUUUCUUUUUUGCUCCUUUCUCAACACUUUUCCCAAUUUUCCUUUUUAGCUUCCCCUCACAAAAAUAUAAUAAUGUUAGCUUCUUUUUUUAUAACCAAAAAAAUCCAGAGAAUAACUUUUGGCUUAUUUAUAUUCCUUUUUUUGAUUAACAACUUCCAUAAAUUCUUUUUCUAUUUUUUCACCUUUCUUGACAUAUUUUUACCCCCUUUUUCUGAUACUCAUUGGCCGUUUGGUGCCGUUAAUGUUUGUGGCGCUUCUUCCCUUUCCUGCAUGAAGGAAAUUAAUUUGCAAUGGUGCCUAUUGCUGACACCCCGUAAUUGA